GCCAACAUAAUAGAACUUUCGCUGGUCGUUGCGGAAUAUGCGAUUUGAUUCUAAUCUUGGUUCAUUAGGAUCAUUAGGAUUAGGAUUACGUUUUUAGAAGCACUUGUACUGUUGUCACUAUAUGAAUAGCGAUCUAGAAAACUGCAGUUCUGGUUUAGUGAAUUAACAGAAACGUUCAAUUGCUGGAAUGUAUGGUAACUUUAACCCGUGAUCCAUAAUCGAUAGCAGUCGUGGUUCAGACGCGUUAAGAAGUGAGAGAAGUGAGGAUGGCGGCGGGACCGAUUGCGGAAAGAAAUCAAGAUGCCACAAUUUAUGUGGGUGGUCUGGAUGAAAAAGUCAGUGAGGCUUUGAUGUGGGAGCUUUUUGUUCAGUCAGGUCCAGUAGUAAAUGUCCACAUGCCAAAAGAUCGUGUGACACAAAUGCAUCAAGGCUAUGGCUUUGUAGAAUUUAUGGGUGAAGAGGAUGCAGAUUAUUCCAUCAAGAUAAUGAAUAUGAUAAAAUUGUAUGGGAAACCAAUUCGUGUUAACAAGGCAUCAGCUCACCAAAAGAAUCUAGAUGUAGGUGCUAACAUUUUUAUUGGGAACCUGGAUCCAGAGGUAGAUGAGAAACUCCUGUAUGACACAUUUUCUGCAUUUGGUGUUAUCCUUCAGACACCUAAGAUCAUGCGUGAUCCUGAGACAGGGAAUUCAAAGGGGUUUGCAUUCAUCAACUUCGCAAGCUUUGAUGCUUCUGAUGCCUCCAUUGAAGCAAUGAAUGGACAGUAUUUGUGUAAUCGUCCCAUCUCUGUCUCAUAUGCAUUCAAAAAGGAUGCCAGGGGUGAACGCCAUGGUUCGGCAGCUGAGAGACUUCUGGCUGCACAGAAUCCCUUGUCUCAAGCCGACCGACCCCAUCAGCUAUUUGCCGAUGCUCCUCCUCCAGCACCAUUACCACAGCCUCCCACAUUAGUUCCUCCUCCACCUCCUGUAGCCAUGCUUGGUAUGGUUCCUCCACCACCACCCACUCCUGGCAUGCAUCCUCCUCCACCUCCACCAGUUCCACCCCCAUCUAGUAUGCCGCCUCCUCCAAUGACAAUGCCACCAGGCAUUCCUCCACCCCCAUUACCACCACAACCCAUGCAUCAUCCAGGCCAUCCACCCCUACCUCCUGGACCACCAGGAAUGCCACCCCCACCACCACUUAGGGCUGGACCACCACCACUGCCUCCCAUGCCUCCCACAUCAACCCCACAGCAGCAACCACCACAACAACAGCAGCAGUCACAGCAACCACUUCCACCACAACAGCAAAACAGCGUGGGACCAGGGAUGGGUCAAAUGGGACACAUGCCACCAAUGCCCCCACCACCUCAAGGAGGUCCCCCUCCACCAAGAAUGAUGCCACCUCCAUGGCAGGGUGGUGGACAGUUUCCACCACCACCACCCCCACAGCAUCAUCAGGGACCUUAUCAAGGCAACUAUCCUCCACCACCGCCGCCACAUGGUGGACCACCACCUGGUUGGCGACCACCUCCACCAGGCCGACCUCCAUUUGGACGUCCUCCAUUUCCACCUCGUGGUCCCCCACCACCUCCAAGAGGCAUGAGGCCUCCCCCACCUCCACGUGGUGUAAGACCUGGUCAGCCAGGAAGCAGUGAUGGUUCAUAUGACAAUUAUGACAAUUCUUAUGACAAUAAUAAUUAUGAGAAUAAUUAUGAUAAUUCGUAUGAUAAUUAUUAGGCAAGUGUUCAUGAUUCAGUUAUAACAGUACAUCCUAAUUUGGCACAGAAGGUUUUCUCACAAGUUCUGUAAUUUAACAUAUCCUGUUACAUGUUUCAAGUGGGUCAUUAUAAUUUAUACUGAUCUAUAAUGAGUAUAAGAAUGAAUAAUAUACUUUAUAUGUACAUAUA